AGCCCGACCAGUAUCUCUCUUGGACAGCCCGCUCAAUUCCCCCGCCAUAGCGAGGUUUGGAGGAGAAACGAGCAAAUGAUUCAAAAAGGACUGUGUGAUUGGACAUGAGCCGCCCACUCCCGCAAAUCACCGACACACUGGCAAGACCCAGAGCCCCGCUGACCUUGGGGCUGCUCCUCUUCGCCGCGUAUUCCUCGGCUGCGUGUGCCUCAGCCUGUUUUCCCUUGUCUGGCCGCCGCUCCGCCUGCAUCCAAGAAACAAUGCAACUGAGUGCAUCAUACGGCUCCAGGCCCUGGUAUGAGUCACUGCUGCUGUAUCCAAAUUACAGUGCGUUCCGAUUGGUGCUGGUUUUAUCCUGUCCCUCGACCAACCUUGCAUCGGCGGACAUCGGGGUGGAUUGCUUGGGCUCGUUGACAGCGGCCAAGGCGGCGGCUGGGUCAGUCCGCUUGGAGCAAUGUGGAAAGACGCACAUCCCGGACGGUGUGCGGACUUUGUGGUCUCGCAAGACGGAGGUCUGGCAGCCGAAAUGCGGCAGGGCGGGGGUUUGGUGCAGCAAAAAUGCCGGGGAACGAAAGGCGCAAAGCCGCCAGGAAAUGUGCCGCAAGUCGAGCCGGCGAGCAGCGGCCCUCUCAUGGGCGCUGUUUGCAUAGAUGUGUGCAUUUGGCAAGCUGGAAAACGAAGAACCCAUCGUGGGACAGGCCUUCAACGGUCU